AUGAACGAUGAACCGCAUGCCCACGAAACGCUGGUGGCCAAGGCCCGGCGAUCAGGAUACAAGGAUCCGGAAACGGGCAGUACCAGUAGCGAGGAGAGUCUGAGUGGAAGCGUUAGUUCCGUCGUGCCAGCAAUUGCCAGUAACGAACGUCCGCCAGAGACUGUGCCAGCCAUCCAGCCAUCCCUGAGAAUCUAUCUGCUUGAACCCUUCAUUUUAAUUCUACUCUUCGCCUACAACUUCUCCUCCACUGUUUUGAAGAAUGAAGUCAUCUACCAGAGUUGCACGUCCGGUCUUGGUUAUCCGGAUAAUGUUUGCCGGCUUCUGGGCACCAAGAAUGCCACAAACGAGACAAAGCGAAUCGAGGAGGAAGUGCAACCAUAUGCUGCUCGGGUCACUCUGGUCAUGAGAAUGGUGGAAUGCUUUAUUCCUGCAUUCUGUGGUCUCUUUGCCGGCGCCUGGGCAGAUCGCUACGGGCGCAAACCGCUGCUCAUGUGCUCCUUUCUAGGCUAUGGCCUGCAGUAUCUUAUUUCAGCGAUAAUCGCCUACUGGGCCAUUCAGACUCACGGUCUGGUCAGUCCCUGGUGGUAUGUGCUCUCCAUUUUGCCGAUUUCCUGCUUGGGCAGCAGUGUCACCUACUCCGUGGCUGCCGUUUGCUUCAUCGGCGAUGUCUCCGAGGGCAAAGUGCGUUCUUAUAGACUGAUUGCCUACGAGCUGGCCAUCUAUGUAGGCUUGCUCCUUGGCAGCUUCGGCUCUGGUUAUGUUUAUGAGGCCACCGAUGCCUAUGUGGUUCUAAGCAUAUCGGCGGGCUCCAUUCUGGCAGCUCUCUUUCUGUUAUCGGCCCUGCUCCCGGAGAGUCUGCCGAAGGGGGACCGGUCUGCAACGACGCCAGCGAACGAUAGGAACGUGCUCUCUCUCCUGAAGGAUAUGUGGAACAGCUGCAGCAAGCCCCGGGAGCAUCAUAAUCGCUCGAUUAUGCUAACCAUCAUGGUGGUUCUGCUGUUAACCGCCUUUGUGGCAGAUGGCAGCAACUCGGUGUUUUACCUGUUUAUGAGAGCCAAGUUCCAUUGGAGCGUCAAACAGUUUACAGAGUACGAGAGUGUCAGCAUUUUGGUGCCAGCUGUGGCAGGAUCUGGUGGAGUACUCUUCAUUUGGUCCCUCCGAAAGUGCACCAACUCGGCCGUACUGUGGCUCGCAUUGGUCUCCCUGCUGAGCCACUCCUCCAGCAGCUUAAUGAAGGCUUUCGCCAUGGUGAGCUGGCAGAUCUAUGUGGCCAUUGGUCUUGGUGUGUUUAAAUCCCUAGUGAAUCCCAUGUGUCGCACCAUGAUCACAAAUCUACUGCCGGCCGAUGAGCGGGGUAAAAUCUUCGCCCUACUUGGCGUCGUGCAAAAUCUGUCGCCUUUGGUGUCGUCGAGCUUGUAUUAUGCGAUCUACACGAGAACCCUGGAUAGUGAUCCAGGGAUUUUCAAUUUAUUCAGCACCUUUCUCUACAGUCUGGGGAUAAUUCUUCUGGGAUUCGUUUGGCUCGAGAAGACAAAGAAUCGAGUGUACUAUGUGCCGCUUUUUAGGUGAUUAUGGCUAAGAGUCACUCGGAGAGCUGUGCCAACUUUCGCAUAUCAAUUAUUCAGAUGGCCUGGCGCCACCGGGAACUCCCUUGAACACCAAUCAUCUAUACAUCAUUUUAUACUUAUUUACAUACUCUCGUAUCUGCCGCGAUCUCUCUAUGUAUAUCUCUCUCCGUUUGGGUUGAAAGUAUUCUCUAAUUACAGAAAUCGAAAUAUUUUCUCAUUAACAACAAGAAAGGAAGCUAACUUUGACAGUUACAGUUUUACAUUCCCAGUUUUACA